AUGAGUUCGGUAAGCAUAUCAUAUAUUGAAUAUGAGCUAAAAGAUGAUUGUUUUUGUUGUUAUAAUUACAAGGAUAACAUUAAAUCCCCUAACUAUCCAUAAUUUCCUGAGUCUAUAGUAGGAAUAAGAAAUUAUAACUAAAAUAUUGAAACAAAUUGGGAUAAUUAUAAGAAAUACAUAACAAAUAAGUAUUAUGAUUUCUAAAUUAUAAAUUUUACAAUGUUUUAUGCAGAGUAGAAUUAGAAAAGCGAUAAAUUUUCUGUUAUGUUUUAGCUUAUUAAUCCUUCUAACAAUUAUUCUGUUUAUAUUCUUAGCUAUUACAGCGCUGAUAAUAUUAAUAUUGAAUUCUACACGUCAAUCGAAGGUAUUUAUGCCUAAGAAAAUUGGAAAGUCGAAAAGUUCAUUGAAAUAUAUAAAAAAUACAAUGAAGAUGAUAUUGAUACUAGAAUAAAUAUAAAAUAAAUAAUUACAAUAGCAGAUCAAUAUAUAACAAGGUUUUAUCAUCAAUCAACAAAUAAUGAUAGGCACUAUGCUGAAGAAUUCCUUAAAAUUUACUAAGGAUACAAAAAUCUGUUAAUCUAAAAAGACUACUUGUAUUGA